UCAGAUUAACAGAUUACAGACAAGUUCUGCAAAAUGACCACAGACAUCACCGGUCGUCUUCCACUCAAUGUCUAUGUCAUCAUUCUUGGGAUAGGCCUCUUCAUCUUCAUGUUGAGCAUGAUCUUCUGUUGCUACCUGUUCAGAUUGAGGCGACAGGGCACACAAGAACAAUAUGGAUAUAAUGAGGUCAUUCUAAAAGGUCCAGGGAAAAAAAUGAGUCUUCUUGGACAGACCUGUGCAGUUUGCCUGGAAGAGUUUCGGAGCCGGGAUGAACUAGGGGUUUGCCCAUGUUCUCAUGCGUUUCACAAAAAGUGUCUGGUGAAGUGGCUGGAAAUUCGCAGCGUCUGCCCCAUGUGCAACAAGCCCAUCUGCAGGCUCCAGCCAGAUCCUCCGCAGAGGGCCGAGGGGCCCCAGAACACCCUGGAGGUGUGACAGAAGAGGGAUGUCGCUGCUCAGAGAUAGGCAGGCUCUCACACACCUAAGAACAGCGUUAAAAAACACCACACUACUGGGGUGGGUGGAUGUUCUAGUCCCAAAUACACAAUAAUCGCCCCUGUCCACCAAUCACCAGAUUUCUCCUGCAUAGAUGGGGGGAGGGAGGGGAAGCGGGAUUUUCCCAGUGCAACUGAACUGAUGUGCCGCAUUCUUGGUCAUAAUGUAGCUUGCAGCAAGAUAAAUUGAUGUCUUGUGGACUCCAAACUGUCAAAUAUUCAGACCAGGACAGUUGCACAAAACAUGAGUUAACACUGUGGAAUAUGUGUGAAGUUGCAUAAGUCCUCCUCUAAGAGAGACUGUGGUCACUAUUACUACCAUUAAGAGUCAUGUUUAGGAAGGCCCAGUUACAGAAUCCAAAGUGAGGAGCAGCUCAGUGAACUAAGUCCUGACCUUAAGGAUCAGUAAGCUUAUCGGAUUUUACUCUUGCCAAUAUUUUGACAUUUGACACUCAUAAAUGUGUUUGUUUAGAGUCACGGAAGUGUUCUGAGUGCUAAAGAGAGCUCAUGGUCUUGAUGAGAACCCACGCUGUAAUUCAGAAGCCUCAGAGUCAGACUGGAUGAAAUUUGGCCUAAUUUGAGUUAAGGUGGAUGUUUUGUACUGUACAUUGCUUUCAAUAAAAUGUAAAGUUUCUGUGAUGGAA